CUUAAGCGUGUCAUUUCUGAAUCCGUCUCUGUAUGCUUUCGUACGACCGUGGCUACGUGCAUUAGCUGCCGCCUUCCGUUUGCUCUUCACUCGUUUGUUAGGCAACGCCCGUCACGAACCGACGCGUCGCAGCGUGCCUCAUAUUUAUCUUGCAUCACACCUAACUACUGCCGUGCUCUGUACCUACCACUGACUCAUACCUCGCUUCAAUACUCUGGGUUGUACCGCGCGUAAUCAAGAUGGGGUCUGCAGCGGUUACGAAUCGCUUCGCUCUUUUUACCGAUGGCGACGAAGAACGUUCACCAGUCGUGCCGUUGGCUCCCGAUUCCAAUACAUUCGUCAACCAGGUCACUGAUAAUGACGCUCCGUGGGAAGAGGUAAGACGCGGCGGUCAAGCCGCAAAAUCCAACCUGAAGACGCUGGUCAUUCGCGACGAGAACAAAACUACUGUACGCUGCUACACUAAGACGCGCGACGUUUCGGGAUCUACACAAGACAGUGACAACAUGAAGCUGAGCGACCCUCACGAGCAUUGGUGUGGCGUGUGCCAUAUCCGGUUUCCGAACAAGAACGCGCUGCUUACGCACGUCAAACUUUCACCUCAGCAGCACAAAAACUACUGCAACCUAUGCAAGCGUGUAUUUGUAGACAGGAACGGUUUGAAGAACCACGUCGACAAUGCAGCCGGCCACGACGUGACCUGCAAUCUCUGCUUGAGUGCCUUCAAAGACGCGUGGGGCCUGAAGAAUCACUUCGAGAACAACUACUUCGUCGCCGGGCACGAUUUUGUUUGCCUUACCUGUCUUCUCGGAUUCCGAACUCAGAAGGAGUUGGAUAAACACCUGUUCACCGGAGCGAAGCACAUUUUGUGCCAUACUUGUCACCGAAAGUUCCGCAACCAAGCGGAGCGAGACGAGCACUGGCGCUUGACAACCAAGCACAGGCACUGCCUCCAGCCCGGCUGUGAUUUCGACGCGCCGGACGAGAAAGCCCUCGAGGCUCAUCUUCAUGACGACCACUUUCAGUGCGAGGGAUGCAAGCGCAUCUUCCCGAGUCAGACAAAGCUCAACCUCCACUGCGAGACUUGCCAGUUUGAGGUCACUUGUAACUGUGGCUUCGGAUGCGCUGGACGCGCCAAACUUGAACUGCACAUGGAGAAUUGCUUCUACUGCUCCGAAUGCCGGUAUCAAACUUGCCAUGAGAGCAACUACCAGAUUCACAUGACCAAACACGACGCAGCUGCCAUCCCUUGCUGGCACUGCUCGGUUCCCAUGCGCAACUGCAGCACACUCAUCAACCACCUUGAAUCUGGAAGCUGCGUUAAGCUUCCAGACCCUACGCAGCUCAUGCGUUGUCUCGGCACUUUCUGGUACUCUACACUCUACAUGGAUGUUGAUAUCCAUGUCCAAAUUCGUUCCAACCGGGUUGAUAUAGGAGAGACAAUCAGCUGGAUGAAGGAAGGUUUGCUGCAGCCAUUCAUCUGCCGUAGCUCAGGCUGCGGAAAGACUUUCAACAACUUCAGCUCCUUGGUGGCGCAUGUGGAGAACCAGGAGUGCGAGUGGGAUGUUGAGAAAUUGAGGCUGGAUCUUGUGCAGGCUGAGUUUCGCAGGAUGUGCGCGCGAAAGGACAGUUUCAAUGCAACAACAUGUUGAGAGACAGAGGGAGUUGCUCAGUGGACGGUGGCGGCGCAAAUAGUAGCGACCGCACUAAAGGGAUAUCCAACAACCGGACUUUUCAUGGGG